AUGCACCAUGGGAGUGGACAACAGCAUGUGCAACGGCAACUUCAGAGAUCCAAGUCCACCACUGGAUCUGAAGCAGAAGACCAGCAGCAGCAGACCAUGGCAGUUACUCAACAGCAGGCAACAGCCAACCACCCACAAUCACCUGUGACCACGUUUGCAUCUGCAGCCAGCCCUUCAGCCCCCCAGUCACCCAACUACCAGAUAAUCAUGAGCCGCAGCCCUGUCACAAGCCAGAACAUGAACAUCACCUUACAAAAUGUCAGUCAAAUGGUGACCGGCAACCAACAGAUCACCCUAACCCCGCUCCCCCUCCAGAACCCAGGCUCUCCCGGCUUCCAGCACACAGCUCCGCAAUGGAGGUUUGAGCAUGCCCCGUCCUCCUAUAUCCAAGUCACCUCACCCCUACCCCAAUCCAUGCAGCCCCAAAGUCCCACCCAGCACAACCCAGUACCCCUCCAGCGACCUGGGGCACCCGGAACAGGACUGAGUGUGUGUGGACAGAGCCCAACACGUUUUGUUGAUACUGGCAUGCUUGUGAGACAAAUCAGUCUUGGCAGCCCGUCUGGAAGUGGGCACUUUGUUUACCAAGAGGGGACAGGGUUGACGCAGCUAGCUCCAACCACUGCUGGGCAGGUGCAGUUGCAGCUGUCCUCCCCAGGGGCACCAGGCUCUGUGCGGGAACGCAGGCUGUCACAGCCCCAUUCACAGACUGGAGGCACCAUCCACCACCUUGGACCUCAGAGUCCUGUGGUCAGUGGCACUGCUCUGCCCACACUGGCGAGCCCAGGCCACAUCACCACUUCCAACCUGCCACCUCAAAUCAGCAGUAUUAUCCAGGGGCAGCUGGCGCGUCCCAUGAUAUUUGAGAAGACUUUGGGUGUGGUAGCUGGAGUGGGGACAGCUGCCACAACGUCUUUCAGUAUGCCUUCCACCAUUCCUCCCUCCAGCCCUUCCCUCACUAACCCUCCCCAAGGCAUCCCCAAUCCCCCCCUCACCCCUACCGGCAUGAGCAUGGGCUCCAUCAAGAAACAGAUACCCAAAAAGCUGGAGGAGAUUGCACCCACCAACCCAGAAGUGGCCCAGCUGAGGAAGCAGUGUCUGGAGCACCACACUAAGAAGAUGGAGGGUCUGAAGGAGGUCUUCAAAGACUACCUGAUUGAGCUGUUCUUCCUCCAGCACCUCCAGGGGAACAUGAUGGACUAUUUGGCUUUCAAGAAGAAGCCCUGCGUCCCCCUUUUCACUUACCUGAGGCAGAACGACCUGGACCUUGAGGAGGAAGAGGAAGAGGAGGAGCAGUCUGAGGUCAUCAAUGAUGAGGUACUGUUACAGAAUUGAUUGAUAUCUUGUUUUAUUGUGUCUUAUAGUCCUAUAUUCUGAAUCCCUCAACUUGUUAUCCUGUGUUUAGGCUACAUGAAUCUAGUUCAAAUCUCUGUGCCACUCCCAGGUCAAGGUUGUCACUGGAAAGGAUGGACAGGCGGGGACACCAGUUGCCAUAGCUACACAGCUUCCACCCAAUGUUUCAGCAGCAUUCUCUUCCCAGCAGCAGUUCCAGGUGAAGAACGGUGGUGGGGCACCAAAUGACUGCAACCCCUACACAGAGAAGAUGGAAUGGAUUUGUCUUUGUCUCUUUUAAAUGUUUCCUUUUUGAUCUCUUGUAUCCAAGCUCUUGUUAACACUUGGAUAUGUCUCUUCAGGUGCACCUUGGAGCAUCUGGCAGCAUGACAAACCCAGGGGACAUGGAUGCCUUUAAGAGGCAACAGGCAAUGGCACACGCAGGUAGGGCAAGGACAGCACAAUCCCGUGGCUCUUUUGUUGGUUUGUUUCCUCCCCCUUUUCGUUCUUUUUGUUAGUUUUUUUGUUUUGUUUUCUUACCUCAAAUUGCUUCUGCUUUUAGAUAUUUGGCAUCUUCUACUAGCGCUGUGUGUAGAAGUCUUAACCCGAGGAAGGAGAGGUGGUCUGUAUGGUGUACAGAAAGUCAUUGCUGUGUGCCGAGUGUCUUUUUCCCGUUAUGAGGGUAUUGUGUGUUUUAAAUCCCAGAUCAGGCUAAGAGGUCCCGGAUUGAAGUUGGUCGCCAUGGAAUGAUUUUCCAGCAUCCUGGUGCUUUAGGAUCAGCUGGCGUUCCACUCCAGCAGCUUAUGCCGACAGCGCAAGGUAGGAGUGCUACUACCAGGUCGUUAUGUGUUCUGUUCGAUGCUGCUGGACGUGUCCUCAAUUCAACGAGACAAACUGAAUUCCAACAACGUCCCAUCGUCUCCAACGAAACCUCAAAGCAGCAUCAACAAAGCGAUCUUCAUCCAUCCGCUGGACAGACACCCCAGCAGGCCUCAGGAAGUUCAGGCUUAGCUCUCCCAGCACACUCUCUCUCUCUAGACCAAGGGGAAAAAAGUCUGAAGAAAGGAGUAGCCUCACUGGGAAGAUGCCAUGUCUUAUGUUUUGACUUUUAUGUUUUAUUGAUCAUCCGUCUCCAUCCGUUUCUUUUCCCAAAUUUGUUCUUCCCGAUCGUCUCUGUUUGGACGGACUUUCCUGUGCCGUUGGAGCUUGGGCUAAUUCGCAAGCGGAUCACGGAAAGUGAGAAAGGAGGAACCCUGGGAAAAAAAAAAUAUAUAUAUUUCCAGUGGGGCAUGUUUGCUCAUUCGAUGAUUGCUUUUUUGUUCUUCCUUUUUUAUACUCAUCAAUCUCAUCCCUCCGUCUCCUGCACCCCCCUCCCUCUCCGUUGGCCACCAUUGCAUUGUCAACAUGGGUUCACAAUGCAUUUCAAUCCUAAAUUCAGUUAUCAGUCAUCAAAAGCAUCCGUUGUUUCCUUUUCUUGUUCCACCAUGCUCAUCCUUUGUUGGUUUCCCCCAUCUGUUUCCAUGGCAUACCGUUCUCACUUGGCCUCUUUCCCCCAGUCGUAGUAGGAAGGAGGGGAGCCAUGUGGAGGAAGCAUGGUGCAGUCAUGACAUGUCACAGGUUGGCGUGGUGUGGUGGUGUCUGUCAGGGCCAGGUGUUGAUGUGGUCUAGGGGAUGAUGGGAGUGAUGGUCAGGGAGGUAAGACAGGUGCUGCUUAGUCUGUGUGCACUGCUCCGCUCAGCCCUGCUGUCUGCAAGAUCUCAUGUGUGUCCUCCUGCUCACUCCUUUGCUUUGUUAUGUUCUGUGCUCAACAAAACUAGAGGCAAAUAUAUGCCAGCAUUCUAGCUAGACAUGACAUUGCUUCAUGCAUGCUGAACAUAUGGUGUUUUUAUGAUGGUGAUUGCUCACUUUUCCCCCCUUUUUUUUUCUUCCCCUCUGUUUUUUAUUUUCAAUAUUUUCUGUUUCAUUUCAUUUUGAAUCCUUUCUUCUCAGUCCCUCUGCUGAAACUGUUUAUGCAUGAUUAGUUUUGCUGUUUUAAUCACAUUCUCUUCUCUUAACAUUGUAAAGAUGAUGUUUUUAUUUUUGCAUUAAUAAAAAUAGUAUUUUAUUUGAAGGACAUGUAGAUGAUCACAUUGAUUUGUUUCUUCUGUAAUCAUUGUGCUUUAUAAUUUUCAUGAAUUUCUUUCUUCGUCAACAGUAAGAAAUACACUGCUGUUGACUCAUAGUACAUCCAAUUCAGACGUUCUGGGUAGCUGGUACCUUAGAUGGAGCUGUAAACACUAUCAUUUUAUAAUCUGAUCACUUUCAGUCAUUACUGAAAUAUAUUGGCUUAAGAAUGAGGAACAAAAGGCCCUCUGGCCUGAGUACUGCUCAAUCCCUCUGUCCCCCUUCAGUGCUCACCUGAAUCUCAGUCCGGUGCAGAGUAUAGUAUUUUAAAAGGCCGUUAUUUUAGAGAGAGCAGGAUUGGUAUGGACAGGGCAACGCUUGGAGGAACCACAGAGCAACAGUAACUCACAGCCACAUGUUGUUAUCCUUUCCCUCUCUCUACUCCUUUCCUUUGUUUUCCCUAUGACUUGGUUACUGUGCUCCAGGCGGGAUGCCCCCCAACCCACAGUCGGUUCAGAUCCCCGGGCAGAAGCAGAACCAGCCGCUGUAUGACCCGUCUAAAGGGCCUCCGGUGCAGAACGCUGCCAGCCUGCACACCCCUCCCCCCCAGCUGCCAGGUCGCCUGCCCCAGGGCGCCCUCCCCAUGGCAGGCCUACCAAUGGCUCUCUCUCAGCAGUCACAGCUGGUGGAGAGCUCAGCCCAGGCCGCCAACCUGCUCCAGGCCCAGGUGAAGGUGCAGGGGGCCGGCCCCAUCAUGGCUCCAGUAAACCCCCACACACAACUCCAGGUCCAGCUCCAGCAGCAGAUGCAGUCUGGCCUUCACCUCCAGAUGCAGGCUCAGCAGCUACAGCAGCCCCAGCCCAUGCUGCAGCCAGGACAGGUGGUGAGUCUCUAAAGGAUAACUUCCAAACAUUGCAUGUUUUUGGUUGUGUUCAUCGGUUUGUAUAUUAACAGUUUGCCUUCUCUUUCUCCUCCCUUGAUCAGACUGUGGCUCUUGCUCGUCCUGGAGCAGACUCCAACCAACCUGGCCAAAGAAAGAUGAUCAACUCCCUGUCCAACCCCUCCAUGUCUCCUGCCCCCCUCAAUGUCCCCAACUCGCUCCCCUCCCCCCACACCAUUAGCCCCCUCCGCCCUCCUGGGUCCAACAUCACCCCUGCCACACAGUCCAAAUUGGCCGGGCCCAACGGCACCUCCACUGUCAAAAUGGGUGGCUUUGGUCAGGGCUCGGGUAUGCAGUCAUCAGAAGGGAGCUCACAGGACAAACAAGCUGAGCAGACCAAACUGGUGAGUUGUUUCAGAAAAACCUAUGACUCUGCAAGAGCUUUUGUGUUCAGACUGCAUUUCAUACUGUUCAGGUGCUUUUGUGUUCAGACUGCAUUUCAUAAUGUUCAGGUGCUUUUGUGUUCAGACUGCAUUUCAUACUGUUAAGGUGCUUUUGUGUUCAGACUGAUCAGGUGCUUCAGUGUUCAGACUGCUCAUAAUGUGACCUCUGACCCCCCCAGGAGAGCCAGGUGCACCAGCGUAUCUCUGAGCUGAGGAAAGAGGGCCAGUGGUCAGCCAGCAGGCUGCCCAAGCUAAUGGAAUCUUCUCGGUCCAAGUCCCACUGGGACUACCUACUGGAGGAGAUGCAGUGGAUGGCAGCUGACUUUGCCCAGGAGAGGAGGUGGAAGAUGGCUGCUGCCAAGAAGGUAUGAUGCCGUAGUCCUCUUGGUGUAAUGUUACUGCAGUACUGUCAUUGUUAAGAUUUCAGUACACGAUCAUAACUGCAUAUUACAUAUAUUCCCCAUUCCCCAGCUGGUUCGCACCUGUUCCCGUUACCAUGACGAGCAGAAUAAAAUGGAAGAGAAGUUCAAGAAAGAGGAAGAACUGCGGCUUCGUCACAUCGCAAGCACCAUCGCCAGAGAGGUGGAGUUCUUCUGGUCCAACAUUGAGCAGGUAAGUUUCUCUUGAUGUGAAAACUGUUCCAUUGUUGUCGUUAUUAAUUUCAAUAGAUCAGUAGUGUGAUCCACUCUGUCCAUCCUAGUUAAUUUGUUCCAUUUGGUUUCUCUCAGGUUGUGGAAAUUAAACUACAGUUUGAGAUUUAUGAGAAGAGACUGAAAACGCUCAGCCUGCAGAGAGCAUCGAGUAAGGGUAAGAGUUUAUUCAAGAGCCUUUUGAAAUGGUUUUACAACAAGCUAACUUUCAUAUAUUGGUUAUUCCUUGUGUCACAGGACAGGAUGUUAAACCUGCUCAGUCGACAACAGAGAAAGCUGAAAAAGACGUAGGUGCUUCAUAGACUUACUGGCUCUUGUUGUCCAAAUUGGCCAGACACAUAGCCUAAUAUGUUUUGUGUGUGGCAUGACACUUAUUUAAAUGUAUAUUAUUCACAGGAACCCACUAUGUCAACAAGGAAGCGAAAGUCCAGCACUUCAUUGGCUGAAGAAGGUAUUUUUCCAAAAUAUACUGAACAAAAAUAUAAACGCAACAUGUAAAGUGUUGGUCCCAUGUUUCAUGAGCUGAAAUAAAAGAUCCCAGAAAUUGUCCAUACGCACAAAAAGCUUAUUCUCUCAAAUUUGUUUACAUCCCUGUUUGUGAGUGUUUCUCCUUUGCCAAGAUAAUCCAUCCACCUGACAGGUGUGGCAUAUCAAGAAGCUGAUUAAACAGCAUGAUCAUUACACAGGUGCACCUUGUGCUGGGGACAAUUAAAGGACACUCUAAAAUGUGCAGUUUUGUCACACAACACAAUGCCACAGAUGUCUCAAGUUUUGAGGGAGCGUGCAAUUGGCAUGCUGACUGCAGGAAUGUCCACCAGAGCUGUUGCCAGAUAAGCCGCCUCCUCCAACGUCGUUUUAGAGAAUUUGCCAGUACGUCCAACCAGCUUCACAACCGCAGACCACGUGUAACCACGCCAGCCCAGGACCUCCACAUCCGGCUUCUUCACCUGCGGGAUCGUCUGGUACCAUCCACCCAGACAGUUGAUGAAACUGAGGAGAGUAUUUCUGUCUGUAAUAAAGCCCUUUUGUGGGGAAAAACUCAUUCUGAUUGGCUGGGCCUGGCUCCCCAGUGGCUGCACCCCUGCCCAGUCAUGUGAAAUCCGUAGAUUAGGGCCUAAUUUAUUUAUUUCAAUUGGCUGAUUUCCUUAUUUGAACUGUAACUCAGUAAGAUCGUUGAAAUUGUUGCAAGUUGCAUUUAUAUUUUUGUUCAGUAUAGAUGUCAUCUUGUUUAUGCUUUGAGCAGGUGGGUGCCAACAGGUGCGGUCCUGCAUUUAACACUUGUUUACUAUCCUGUAACUUGUCUAUGGCUGUGUUCUCUCUUACAGUUCAGGAUGAGGAGAGCACCAUAGAGGAGCAGGAGGCCAUGGAGGUGCUAGCUGAUCAGAAGGCAGAGUUGGCAGAUCUGGCUAUAGAUGGUCAGCAUGACACCUUUUUCUCACUAUAACUAAUGAUGGAUUUUGCCCGAUUACCUUUAUUUUAUGGUAUUUUCAUUAAAACAUGUCAUGUUUGAAAGUGUCCCUUAGGUUUUGUCUAUACUGAGCCUUUCCUCUUUGUCUUCUACCGUUCUCAGCUGAGAUGCCUCUGGAUGUGUUGGUGAAGCAGUAUGCUGGUGCUUACGCUGACAACUUUGACUGGCCCCAGCCUGCCACACCGAGUGAUGAGGAGGACCGGGAUGAGACUGAAGGUACACCUAAACUCUACAUGUAAACUCCAUCUCUGUGUACCAGUCUAGCUCGGUGCCUUGUGAUCGUUGAUAUGCCAAGAUGAUUAGUUUAAAAGCAAAAGGAUUUGUAGACUGGUGGUGUUCUCUCUGUGGUGCUGAUGUGGUUAUUGUUCCAUCUCAGAUAUGGAGUCCCCUCUGGACAGCCCCCACGAGGCUGUAGUGAUAGACUCUCUGCUCAGUGUGGACCAGUAUCGAGGUUCUGACAAGGCCUGCCCCCCUGGUGCUGACGGGAAGCCUAGGAAAGACAUAGCAGAGGUGGCAGCCGCCACAGAACUCAUCCUACCCAAGGGCAGUGCCAGGACCACCUCUUCUGUGAGUCCUCACGUCUCAGCCUCACACUGACCCAGUGGAUUACUAUCGGGUGUCAUGUAACCAGUUUGAAAAUGAGAGGAAUUUGGCAAGAUUAAUUAAAUAACAAAAUUGCUUAUAAAUAAAAUCUACAGUUAAGAGGACAGUUAGUGGGUUACUAUGUACAAACAGGGAAUCAUUAUGACCCUUUGCUAUGUAUCUCAGGUCCGCAGCCAGGCUCCUUUUCUGCUGCACGGAUCACUGCGUGAUUACCAGCAGAUCGGAGUGGACUGGCUAGCCAGCCUCCACAAGAAACACCUCAACGGCAUCCUAGCAGACGAGACUGCACUGGGCAAGACCGUGCAGACUGUGGCCUACCUGGCCCAUCUGGCCUGUCAAGAGGGUAAUCUAACCUACUGCUGAAAUAGUUUAUUCAAUGCUUCGCUUUUGUUUCUGUAUGUAAACAUGUACACUACCAGUCAAAAGUUUGGACACACCUACUCAUUCAAGGGUUUUCCUUUAUUUGUACUAUUUUUUACAUUGUAGAAGACAUCAAAACUAUGACAUAACACAUAUGGAAUCAUGUAGUAACCAAAAAUGUGUUAAAACUAAAUAUAUUUUAUAUUUGAGAUUCUUCAAAUAGCCACCCUUUGCCUUGAUGACAGCUUUGCACACUCUUGGCAUUCUCUCAACCAGCUUCAUGAGGUAGUCACCUGGAAUGCAUUUCGAUUAACAGGUGUGCCUUCUUAAAAGUUAAAUUGUGGAAUUUAUUUCCUUCUUAAUGCGUUUGAGCCAAUCAGUUGUGAUGUGACAAGGUAGGGGAGGUAUACAGAAGAUAGUAAAAGACCAAGUCCAUAUUAUGGCAAGAACAGCUCAAAUAAGCAAAGAGAAAUGACAGAUGAAACUGGCUCUCAAGAAAGACCCAGAGUUACCUCUGCUGCAGAGGAUAAGUUCAUUAGAGUUACCAGCCUCAGAAAUUGCAACCCAAAUAAAUGCUUCACAGACUUUAAGUCACAGACACAUCUCAACAUCAACUGUUCAGAGGGGACUGUGUGAAUCAGGCCUUCAUGGUCGAAUUGCUGCAAAGAAACCAGUAUUAAAGGACACCAAUAAUAAGAAGAGACCUACUUGGGCCAAGAAACACGAGCAAUGGACAUUAGACCGGUGGAAAUGUGUCCUUUGGUCUGGAGUCCAAAUUUGAGAUUUUUGGUUCAAACCGCUGUGUCUUUGUGAGACGCAGUGUGGGUGAACGGAUGAUCUCCGCAUGUGUAGUUCCCACCGUAAAGCAUGGAGGGGGAGGUGUUAUGGUGUGGGGGUGCUUUGCUGGUGACACUGUCUGUGAUUUAUUUAGAAUUCAAGGCACAUUUAACCAGCAUGGCUACCACAGCAUUCUGCAGUGAUACGCCAUCCCAUCUGGUUUGGGCUUAGUGGGACUAUCAUUUGUUUUUCAACAGGACAAUGACCCAACACACCUCCAGGCUGUGUAAGGGCUAUUUUACCAAGAAGGAGAAUGAUGGAGUGCUGCAUCAGAUGAUCUGGCCUCCACAAUCCCCCGACCUCAACCCAAUUGAGAUGGUUUGGGAUGAGUCGGAUGGCAGAGUGAAGGAAAAGCAGCCAACAAGUGCUCAGCAUAUGUGAGAACUCCUUCAAGACUGUUGGAAAAGCAUUCCAGGUGAAGCUGGUUGAGAGAAUGCCAAGAGUGUGCAAAGCUGUCAUCAAGGCAAAGGAUGGCUAUUUGAAGAAUCUCAAAUAUAAAAUAUAUUUUUAUUUGUUGAACACUUUUUUGGUUACUACAUGAUUCCAAAUGUGUUGUUUCAUAGUUUUGAUGUCUUCACUAUUAUUCUACAAUGUAGAAAAUAGUAAAAAGAAAGAAAAACCCUUGAAUGAGUAGGUGUGUCCAAACGUUUGACUGGUAGUGUAUGUAUUUAUGUAUGUGGACUUAAUUAUUAAUUUUUUAUGUAGGUAUCUGGGGCCCCCACCUAGUUGUGGUGAGGACGUGUAAGAUGCUGAGCUGGGAGAUGGAGUUUAAACGCUGGUGUCCUGGCUUCAAGAUCCUCCUCUACCUUGGUAACAGACAUGAACGCAGAGCAAAGAGAAGGGUAACUACUAAUGAUCUGUUUCAAUAGACAGACCCAUGAGAUUGAGUCCAUUCCAGCAGAGAGAGUUUGGGCAGGACAGCAGCACCAAAUGUGACAAUAAAUAAUGGACAGUUCCCAUGAAUACAAUGCCAUUAAGAUGUCAAUUUUCUUCUCUUGGCUUAUUUCAAAUGCCCUUGUUUUCCAGUUUGUAUUUGUGUCUGUCCAUAACUUGUCGUGUUGUUGAUGUGUCUCCAGUGGUGGGCGGAGGCCAAUAGCUUCCAUGUGUGUGUGACGUCCUACAAGCUGCUGCUGAAGGACCAGAGCCACUUCCUGAGAAGGAGGUGGAAGAACUUGGUCCUGGAUGAGGUGCAGCUCAUUAAAAACAUGUCCGAGAAUCACUGGGAAACCAUCUUUGCUCUCAAGAAGUGAGCAGCUCUUAUUUUAGGGUAGCACUGUGGUUACACCCACGCACACACUGGUCUGCCAAGGGCUUUUGGGUGACAGCUUAGUUAGCAUGAAAUGAAGGCUAAACUCUGAAAUGGGGUUUGACCUUGUGGUUUUCCAGGCAUUUUAAAUUGUUAGAGAUUAAGAGAAACAACAAAAGCUAAUGAUGUGUUGGUGUGGCUUGUGUUCCAGUCAGCAGAGGAUCCUCCUGAUCAACACUCCACUACACAACACACUGAAGGAGCUGUGGACCAUGAUCCACUUCCUCCUGCCAGGCAUCACCAGACCCUUCACAGACUUCCCAGUCAAGCCAGGCACAGACCAGAACCAGGACUACUGCCACAAACUGGUCAUCCGCCUACACAGGGUCAGUAGGGGUACAACCAAACGCCCAUCUUUCUAAUCCUUGUGUGUUGAGCGUUUCAGUUAGUAGUCACUGUUAUCAUGAAUAUUGAUGGUGCUUUAGUUGUGGUGUGAAUUUGUUUAUCUGAGGGUUCUUUCAUUCCUAAUGAGUGUAUUUCAUCAUUAAAGAAGACAUCUUGCUUAACAUUGGUGGUCAGUAUGAUUCCCAUUUACCAGGGCAUAGCUGUUCAUACCUAGUUACCAAUUGAUCUGACAUCCUUUCUCCUCUCCUCUCUCUCUCUCUCUCUCUCUCCAGAUGAUCCAACCCUUCAUCCUGAGGCGCUGUAAGAGGGACGUGGAGAAGCAGCUCCCUAAGAAGUAUGAACACAUCAUCAAGUGUCGCCUGUCCAGCAGACAGAAGAGCAUGUAUGAAGAUAUCCUCACUCAGCCAGGGUGAGUCUGGCCUCCAGACACCACAGUUCCUCAGCCUAAUGUUUGGACAACCUGAUUGCAUGAUCGGUAGAGUAUUUUGUCCGAUUCUCAUAGACUGAAUAUUUGAGCACAGGUUCAAUGGUAGAAAUGCAUGAAUAUUUUUUGUUUAUAAACAGAGCAUGGUUGCGCAGAUGAUAAAUUCACUUGCCCUGUUUCUGAAUGUCUUGUCCUUUGUCCGCCCCUAGAGCCCAGGAGGCGUUGAAGACGGGUCAUUUUGUGAGUGUGCUGCAGGUGCUGAUGCAGCUGCAGAGGAUCUGUAACCAUCCAGACCUGGUGAACAUCAGGGAAACCAACAGCUCCUACGUGUGUUCUUCUCUCCAGUACAACACCCCCUCCCUGGUGCUGGGAGCCCUGCAGGAGGACCAACGCAAGGUAGGACUAGGAGGGUGCCAGUACCACACAGCUAAAACCUCCUGAGGGUUUUAUUCUGUUUAUUCUGUUUCAUUAGUACUGCUCACCUGAAUGACGUACAAUGAAAUUGAUUAGAUUGGUUUUGAUUUAACUGUAGGUCUUUAUCUGACAACUUAGUCUCCAUCUACAUAUACAGUGGGGGAAAAAAGUAUUUAGUCAGCCACCAAUUGUGCAAGUUCUCCCACUUAAAAAGAUGAGAGGCCUGUAAUUUUCAUCAUAGGUACACGUCAACUAUGACAGACAAAUUGAGAUUUUUUUUUCCAGAAAAUUAUAUUUUAGGAUUUUUAAUGAAUUUAUUUGCAAAUUAUGGUGGAAAAUAAGUAUUUGGUCACCUACAAACAAGCAAGAUUUCUGGCUCUCACAGACCUGUAACUUCUUCUUUAAGAGGCUCCUCUGUCCUCCACUCGUUACCUGUAUUAAUGGCACCUGUUUGAACUUGUUAUCAGUAUAAAAGACACCUGUCCACAACCUCAAACCGUCACACUCCAAACUCCACUAUGGCCAAGACCAAAGAGCUGUCAAAGGACACCAGAAACACAAUUGUAGACCUGCACCAGGCUGGGAAGACUGAAUCUGCAAUAGGUAAGCAGCUUGGUUUGAAGAAAUCAACUGUGGGAGCAAUUAUUAGGAAAUGGAAGACAUAUUGAUAAUCUCCCUCGAUCUGGGGCUCCACGCAAGAUCUCACCCCGUGGGGUCAAAAUGAUCACAAGAACGGUGAGCAAAAAUCCCAGAACCACACGGGGGACCUAGUGAAUGACCUGCAGAGAGCUGGGACCAAAGUAACAAAGCCUACCAUCAGUAACACACUACGCCGCCAGAGACUCAAAUCCUGCAGUGCCAGACGUGUCCCCCUGCUUAAGCCAGUACAUGUCCAGGCCCGUCUGAAGUUUGCUAGAGUGCAUUUGGAUGAUCCAGAAGAGGAUUGGGAGAAUGUCAUAUGGUCAGAUGAAACCAAAAUAGAACUUUUUGGUAAAAACUCAACUCGUCGUGUUUGGAGGACAAAGAAUGCUGAGUUGCAUCCAAAGAACACCAUACCUACUGUGAAGCAUGGGGGUGGAAACAUCAUGCUUUGGGGCUGUUUUUCUGCAAAGGGACCAGGACGACUGAUCCAUGUAAAGGAAAGAAUGAAUGGGGCCAUGUAUCGUGAGAUUUUGAGUGAAAACCUCCUUCCAUCAGCAAGGGCAUUGAAGAUGAAACGUGGCUGGGUCUUUCAGCAUGACAAUGAUCCCAAACACACCGCCCGGGCAACGAAGGAGUGGCUUCGUAAGAAGCAUUUCAAGGUCCUGGAGUGGCCUAGCCAGUCUCCAGAUCUCAACCCCAUAGAAAAUCUUUGGAGGGAGUUGAAAGUCCGUGUUGCCCAGCGACAGCCCCAAAACACUGCUCUAGAGGAGAUCUGCAUGGAGGAAUGGGCCAAAAUACCAGCAACAGUGUGUGAAAACCUUGUGAAGACUUACAGAAAACGUUUGACCUGUGUCAUUGCCAACAAAGGGUAUAUAACAAAGUAUUGAAAAACUUUUGUUAUUGACCAAAUACUUAUUUUCCACCAUAAUUUGCAAAUAAAUUCAUUAAAAAUCCUACAAUGUGAUUUUCUGGAAUUUUUUUUCCUUAUUUUGUCUGUCAUAGUUGACGUGUACCUAUGAUGAAAAUUACAGGCCUCUCUCAUCUUUUUAAGUGGGAGAACUUGCACAAUUGGUGGCUGACUAAAUACUUUUUUCCCCCACUGUAUGAGGUUCAGAACACGCUUGUUUUCCUUUUCUCUUUUUCUAGAGCCUGGACCUGUCCAUGUUUGACUUGAUCAGUAAUGAGAACAGACUGACACGCUACGAGACAGAGGAGGUUCUACCCAAACUCAAAGUCACCCGUCAGCUGAUCGAGGAGAUCCACGGUGCCCCGGACCCACCGGCCAGACCCAAGCCCUGCAAGAUCAAACCCAUGAGGUCUGUGUUCUACCUUUCACAUCACAAAAAUGGAAAAUAAAGUGUGUUUUCGAAUUCUAUUAUAUCAUGUUACAUCAGUAGCGCUAGGCUGUGUUGCAUGACCUUUGACCUUUAUUGAGUGUCUAUGAUUUGAUUGACAGGUUGUUCCAGCCAGUGCAGUAUGGUACCAAGCCAGAGGGUCGUCUAGUGCCCAUGACCAGUACUGUGGGUCAGCAGCGUCCUCCAGCUACCACUACCACCACCACCGCUACUGGCCUUCAGCCAGCCCAGACCAGGGGCAAGUCCCCUGUCACCACCACCACCACUAGCACCACACAGGGUAAGACCUCACUAUAGACACUUAUAACAAUGGUGCACCUUGGUAUGUAUGCACUGGGGUUCACACUGUUUUCAAGUUUCAUGCUGUUUUCAAGUUGAAUAACUUAAUUAAGCAAAUCAAACAUUUAUCUUAAUGUGUUUUGAUAAUUGCAGUUGAUUAUUUACAGUAUUUGUGCAGUGUGUAUCACACAGAUAAUCGCAUGAUGUUACCAUGUAAUGUUUUGUAAAGCAUGUGUGAUUUUAGUCUGUCAUGACAUUAAAAACGGCAUUUUAGUGAAGUUAAUUAAACUAACUAUGCAUAUUGUUUGUCAUUACCGCCAUUACAUUUUCAAAUUGUCUGGUUUAUGCACGUGUAACUUAAAAAUGGUGUCAUCAACAUAAUUUCGGAAAAAAAUCAACAACAAAAAUGUUUACUACUACAAAUGUAUUCUGAAGCAGGGAAGUCCAAGGCGAAGAUUUUAUUUGAUUGACAUCCUCUUUUGACUCUAAACCAGGGAUGGGCAACUUUGAUGGGUGUGGGGGCCACAGAAAAUGGGAACUCAUCAUGAGGGGCCGCCGUGGCUCGCGGGUGUGCGUACCCACAUUCAUAGCCACACAUGCAGCCGGAGCCGGCCCUAAGCAAAAUUUUGCGAGCAAAAAAUUCUAAGUGCCCCCCUCUUUACAGCGAAGAAAAAUUAAAUAAAGGGUGAGAGAGUCAAUUUCCUGCAAUUCUACACAUUUUGCCAUGGGGCGUAGAGAAAACGUUGCAAUUCUAUACUUUUUGCUAUGGGGCGGAGAGAAAAAUGUGAAGUUUUAUAACUAUUUUCCUGCAAUUCUACACAUUUUGCCAUAGGGUGGAGACAAAUGUUUGCAGUUUUUAAUAUGAUAUAUGAUGACCAAUGGGGGCCCCCAGUCGGUAAUUCAACCAUGAUUACUCCAAGUUUACAUAGCUGGCCUCUAGACUAACUUGCCUAUCUGUUUUUUGGGCUAAUUGAGUGACUGUCAGUGACUGACAUAACAAGAGAACAACUGCUGAUUCACAACCAAAUUUCGGACUUGCACUUUGUGUAUUAUACUAUUCUAACUCUCCACAGUAAGUUGAGACCCCGACUGAGUUCCAUUUAAAAAAAAAUUGAAAUUGAUCUGCGGGCCUACAAAUUGGGGUCUGCCAGUUGCCCAUCCUUGCUCUAAACCUAUCAAUCCCAGACAGGUAUAAACCAAACCUAUCUGAUGGACCACCACCCUUGAGUUGUGCUGUUGAAUUAACUGACGCGUUGUUUCAGUCCCCUCCUAACAGUUAGCCCAUUCCAAACCCCCUUGUACUUCACAGUGGCUGGGACGGCUAUUCAGAAAGCCCAGACUACCUCUCCUGCCACCGGCACCACUGGGUCUGCUGUAGCCUCCUCUGGGUGCGCCGCUGCUGGCCAGCAUGUGGUGGGGACUGCGUCCCCUGUGGCCCUGGGCCAGGCUCUGUGUGGCGCAGCCCAGCCCACUCUGCCUGGCAUUGUCCAGGUCCACAGGCCAGCCCUAGGCCCCACCCAUGCCAUCCAGCCCAGCCUGGUUCCCCAGAGGCUGGUUCUAACGUCCCAGGCCCAGGCAAGGUUGCCUAGUAAGUGGCCCCCUCCCCUCCCUUCAACGUCUCCCUCCACUUUCGGCUCAUCAGAAAGGGCUGCUCUGACAACAGGUCUCUCUCCUGGACACUGCUGAUGUGUGUUUGGGUCUUGGCUUUUAAAGAAACAGCACUUUUUCCUAUGUAAAUACUUAGGAAAAAAUUAUAGUACUAGAAUAUUAUCAUGGUAACAGUAUUGUUUAACAUGACAUAUUUUAUAACUUUGACAUAUUUGUAAAGUUAGAGAACAUAUUCAGGUUUACAGCUAUGGCAUUUCCAUUGUCCUAUUUUACUCCAGCAUAUCACUGAGUGAAGAAAAAGAGCACUUUAAAAAUGAGAACUACAGCCACAUCAGCAGCAUCCCCAAACAGCCGCCUCAGUCUCUCUCUUCUAAAACCUGCAUGUCGACAGACCACACAAGACUGUUUUAACCAUUAAAAAGUAUAUUUUCCCCACCCAAAUAUUGGUUCUCCCAUUUUACUAAUAUUUUGCCUCUUGUCAGCUCAGCUGCAGGAAGGGAUCCCAAAUCUUUGGUUCCUUUGUUUGUUAAUGUUGUUUUUUAUGGUUUAUUUUGACUCUGAGGGUGUGCACUGCUAAGCAUGUGUAAAUGGUCCCACACACUGCUGACCUCAGGCCACUCCCUACCCCCCAGUGUGAACACACACGGAUACCUUUUCAAUAGCAACUCAACACACAACUCAGAAAUUAUAGCAUAUAAAACUAUUCUAGACCAGAAAAUGUAUCUUUAAAAGAGAAUACAGGUAUUUUUUGGCAAUCAUUUGGAUAAAGGUGCAUCAUCUAAUUGCAUGCCUGUAAUAUGUGUUGUUGUUGAAAAGGCAGUUAAGUGCAAGCCACUGCUUUAACUGAAUACAUGUUUGUUGCAGGGUCUGUCUCACCUGAAGAUUACUGUUUUAGUUGUUUUUUUUCUUUUCCCCCUCAGGGUUUGGUAGAGAUUAGCAACCGCAAUGGUUCUGGUGUUGUGGAGUGCCGCUACCUACGCUCGUCCCACUUAUUAACCCACCCUGGUUCUGCAUGUCUAGUCUCUCUCACCCUUCAACUAACUGAAAUAUCAAACAUGUCUUUAUUUUGUAUUUUUGGUGAUGCACUACUAGACUGUUUCUGACAACAGUCCUCCUUUAGUCUGUGGUGUUAUUUGACUAGAGGUGUGUGUGUCUUCCCUCCUGCUGAAGGUGGAGAUGUGGUGAAGAUAGCCCAGCUGGCGUCCAUAGCAGGCAGUCAGAACCGGAUCUCCCAGCCUGAGACCCCCGUCACUCUGCAGUUCCAGGGCAACAAGUUCACCCUGUCCCCCAGCCAGCUCCGACAGCUCACCACGGGGCAGCCCUUGCAGCUCCAAGGUACACUCGGUAAUGUACACCCAUUUCAUACUCUCCUUAUUACCUCUCUUUCCCUUCACUAUAUUGCAAUCACUUGCAACAAAGAUGCUACUUUUCUCUCUACCAUGUAAUUUAUUCAAUUUCCCCGUCAUAGAAAUAUUUAGAGUUGGAUAACCAAUGUUACAUGUAUAGACAUUUUUACUUAGAGAGUGAUGAAAUUAAAUGGUUUUUACCCUAAAUAGCUGUUUAAAGGUUUCCGUGUUGUGUCUGUGUGCCUGGUUGUGUGGUGGUACAGGUAACAUCCUGCAGAUAGUGUCGGCCCCCGGUCAGCAAAUCCUCCGGCCUCAGGGCUCCAUGCUCAUGCAGACGGUACCUCAGGCUGUACCCGUCUCCAACUCCUCCACCACACCUGGCACCCCACCCCCAGCCACCUCCACCUACCAAGGUAAGCCAGCCACCUUUUUACUGUGAAUAGUGCAGAUAGUGAUAUAAUUCCACAGGUACUGUCUCUGCUGUCAUGGCUUACACUGUCAAUAUUACUCUAUAGUCACCUUUCUGACAAAGUGAUUGUGCUGUAAUGGUCUUUGUCUUUCUCCCUCUACUUGUGAAGCUUCAGGGGUGAGCGCCAAGCCUGCUCCUGCUGCUCCUAUUGCUCCUCAGGUAGGUAGAACGGGCACUGGUAGAACACAGUAGAAAAUGAAAUGAAGACACAUACAGUUGAAGUCGGAAGUUUACAUACACUUAGGUUGGAGUCAUUAAAACUCGUUUUUCAACCACUCCACAAAUUUCUUGUUAACAAACUAUAGUUUUGGCAAGUCGGUUAGGACAUGGUAAUGUAAUUUUUCCAACAAUUGUUUACAGACAGAUUAUUUUGCUUAUAAUUCACUGUAUCACAAUUCCAGUGGGUCAGAAGUUUACAUACACUAAGUUGACUGUGCCUUUAAACAGCUUGGAAAAUUCCAGAAAAUGAUGUCAUGGCUUUAGAAGCUUCUGCUAGGCUAAUUGACAACAUUUGAGUCAAUUGGAGGUGUACCUGUUGAUGUAUUUGAAGGCCUACCUUCAAACUCUGUGCCUCUUUGUUUGACAUCAUGGGAAAAUCAAAAGAAAUCAGCCAAGACCUCAGAAAACAAUUGUAGACCUCCACAAGUCUGGUUCAUCCUUGGGAGAAAUUUCCAAACGCCUGAAGGUAACACAUUAAUCUGUACAAACAAUAGUACGCAAGUAUAAACACCAUGGGACCACGCAGCCGUCAUACCGCUCAGGAAGGAGACACGUUCUAUCUCUUAGAGAUGAACGUACUUUGGUGCGAAAAGUGCAAAUCAAUCCCAGAACAACAGCAAAGAACCUUGUGAAGAUGCUGGAGGAAACAGGUACAAAAGUAUCUAUAUCCACAGUAAAACAAAUCCUAUAUCGACAUAACCUGAAAGGCCGCUCGGCAAGGAAGAAGCCACUGCUGCAAAACCGUCAUAAAAAAGCCAGACUACGGUUUUGCAACUGCACAUGGGGACAAAGAUUGUAAUUUUUGGAGAAAUGUCCUCUGGUAUGAUGAAACAAAAAUAGAACUGUUUGGCCAUAAUGACCAUCAUUAUGUUUGGAGGAAAAGGGGGGAACUUGCAAGCCGAAGAACACCAUCCCAACCGUGAAGCACGGGGGUGGCAGCAUCAUGCUGUGGGGGUGCUUUGCUGCAGGAGGGAUUGGUGCACUUCACAAAAUAGAUGGCAUCAUGAGGAAGGAAAAUUUGUGGAUAAUUGAAAAACAUUCUCAAGAGCUACAGUCAGGAAGUUAACAGCUUGUCGCAAAUGGGUCAAAAGUUGGCCGAAAGGUUGAAAGUUUGACCUAAUUUAACCAAUUUAAAGGCAAUGCUACCAAAUACUAAACUUCUGACCCACUGGGAAUGUGAUGAAAUAAAUAAAAGCUAAAAUAAAUAAUUCUCUCUACUAUUAUUCUGACAUUUCACAUUCUUAAAAUAAAGUGGUGAUCCUAACUGACCUAAGACAGGGAAUUUUACUAGGAUUAAAUGUCAGGAAUUGUGAAAAACUGAGUUUAAAUGUAUUUGGCUAAGGUGUAUGUAAAGUUCCGACUUCAACUGUACCUAUAUUUCCGUAGUCCCAUGAUCCAUAUUCUCACCAAAGUGAUGAAAUGUCAAUAUGAUGCCUUUCUUCUGUGUCGUGUACAGGAGUCGUCAGAGGAGAGGAGUCGUCUGCUGAAGGAGCGUCUGAGCCGCCUGUUCAGUGCUAACGAGCGGCGCUGUGGCCGCAGUGUGCUGUAUGGGGCUGACCUGCUCCAGGCCUGCUCUGUGAUCCCAGGGGCUCCUCACUCUGCCCUGAGCCCCAGGGGCUGGAGGUGGGUGGGCAGGGAAAGCUGCCUCAGGGCCCAGAGGACCCCUGUGGCCACCACCACACACCUCCAGUCUGCCCUGCUCUCCUCCACACACCGCCAGGACGCCGGCAACAGCCUAGUCAGCAGGUACCCAACUACCCAUGGUGGUCAAUCACCUCACAUCACUGUCGGAUUCAACUUUUAUUAUAGGAUGGACGUAAUCACCCUGGUUCAAAAUCUAGUUCAAUUUGCGUACAGUGAAUUGAGUUAAAGCCUACUUGAGUUCAUAUAGCCUUUUGUAUUUCUUACAGUCAUUAAAAAACUCUCUCCUCUCUGUAGGUUAUCAUGUGUUGUCCCUGUCGCAGUAGCUCCUCCCCCUCACCUAUAUGCAGCCAAUCCCCCAGCUCCCUACAGCCUGGAGCAGAAGUUGAUCAGUCGCAGGCUCCAGGUGGCUGCCGCCCCCCAAAGCACAGAGAUCCACCGCCUGUCCUCUGGACACCAGCUCCAGUUCCCUGACCUGCAGCUCAUGCAGAUGGACUCAGGUGAGCUCAGCAGAAUAGUAUAUUUAGCUUUGUGUGCCAGGGCUCUAGGCUCUCCUAUAAGCCUGGCUAAACAUAGGUAGUCCAUUGUGUGCAUGGGCUGCACACAUCGUUCGAAUUACGCUAAAAUUAGUAUCAAUUUUUUUCCGCCAAAGGUAAACUUGAGGCCCUGGCCAUUCUGCUCCAGAAGCUGAGGUCGGAGAAUCACAGAGUCCUCAUCUUCACACAGAUGGUGAAGAUGCUGGACAUCCUGGAGGCCUUCCUGGACCACCGGCAGCUCACAUACAUCCGCGUGGACGAGAGCCUGACCACAGAGGAACGUCAGGUAAAACCCCUUUGUACCAAGGAAGUCAUCCGCUGCACCAGUUAUGGUGCCUGUGUUAUAGUGAGUUCACACACAGAGACUUCUAUUGUGUUGUAUUACUAGGGUUAAUUGUAGUUCACUCACUCAGUGACAGCCCUGCCUCUCUUUCUGUUUCUCCCUGUCUAACACCGGGACCUCUUGAUUCAGUGCAGUGUUCUGGCACUAUAAGGGGACAGAGUACUACGCUCUCUUCCCUCCCUACUGGAUGCUGUUCCUCCUAGGGCCUUAAGAGAAGCACACAAGGGCAACUAGAGAACCUAUGGGGCUUUCUGGCUUUUUUAGUGCUGUACUUUUUACUCUUCUGCUACACUUGCUUUUUUUUUUGGGCUGUCCAAUCAGACGUGUCUGUCUCUUCUCUAACCGACCUCUUGUUUAAUUCUCCUUCCUUCUUUCUGUCGGUGAGCUGAGUGAACUAUACCGGAGGUGUUUGGUUUGUAAGAUUUGAAGCAGAGGAGGCGUGUCUUCAUUUGUCUAAAAGACAAAGUAUAGUUGUAAAGAACUGCUCAGUUUCAGCACACCAGUCACUGAUGCAGGAUAUACUCUUAUCAUAAACCAUACAAUAAUUUGUAGGAUAUAGACCUCUCCAACCAUCUAUACCAUGUGUUUUGUAGAUGCUAAACAAGUGUGUGUCAGGGUCACAAAACGUAAUGCUACCUAUGCCAUUAUCUUAAUUGAAGUACUGGGAUAGGAUAAAACUCUGAAGCCCUCUCCUUGGGACUAAUCUGUCUCUAUCUGUUUCUCAUGAUAUCUCCCUCCCUCCCAUCAGGAGCAUAUGAAGACCUUCAACAGGAACAGACAGGUGUUCUGCAGCAUCCUGACCAACCGCUGCUGUUCGGCCGUGGGGACUGUGUUCGAUGCAGACACCAUUAUAUUCUACGACACAGACCUCAACCCCAGCGUGGACGCCCGCACCCAGGAGUGGUGUGAAAAGAUCGGACGCUUCAAGGACAUCCACAUCUAUAGGUAACAAACAGGCUAAAGACAUGUUCUUCCAUAACUCUACGUACCAUAUCAGGAUCACUAACUUGAAUGUUAGUCAGUCUGAGGUUGGUAACUUGGUAUUUUAUAUCCAAGACUGGAGAGUGGGAACUCCAUUGAAGAGAAGCUGCUGAAGAACGGCACCAAGGAUCUGAUCAGAGAGGUGGCUGCCCAGGGGACUGACUACACCCUGGCAUUCCUCACACAGGUAGGAUAUUUUACCCUCACACCAACCAGACCCCAGUCCCACUCUGACUAAAACCCAUACUAUAUUUGGUUAUUUCAUACGCUGUGUCUCUGUGUGUCCAGCGGACCAUCCAAGACCUGUUUGAGGUGGAAGCAGGCUCGGGGGAGAAGGUUGAGGAGUUUGUGGUUCUGCACCAGGAGCCAUCUCCCUCUGAGGCAAUCUCUCCCCGCGUGGCCAGGCCCUACAUCCAGGCCCUCCACAGCAUCAGCCUGAAUUCCCCGCCACCAGAGCAGCAGGAAGAGGAGGGUCAGGAAGACCUGGAGAAGGAGGCGCAAGUCAAAGAAGAGCCAUCUCAGCUGGAGGAGCUCAACGCUGUCAUGGACCAGGUGAUAAACUGUCAUUAAGUGCCUUCUUACAGUAUUUUGUAGAAUACAUACCAGGGAGCAAGCACAUCUGUUUUAACUAAUGCUGGCUUGUCUUGUAGACUACAUACCAGGGAGCUAGCACAUCUGUUUUAACUAAUGCUGGAUUGUCUUAAUCUUUUCCUCCAUCAGCUAACGCCAAUAGAAAAAUAUGCCCUGCAAUACCUGGAGUAUCUUCAUGUCAGGGAAGAUGAACAUGUUGCCAAGGUAAGACUCAAAACAGUCCUCUCAGACAUCCAAGGUACUACUAGCUCGUAAGACCUUGCAUUCUCAAAGUAGCACCAGACCACAAUUACAAACAACUUUGAUAAUUAUUUCAUGCCUAAUGUGAAUUUCAGGAGCGACUGUUGUGUGCAAAGAGAGGCUGGGAGAUGCAGCACCUCCAGAAACUGAAGGCUGAAGACUCAGAGAGGAUGAUCAUUGAGAAUGAGGAGGACCUGUUCACCUACACCAGAGAGGAUGCUUACAACAUGGUAGGCUUUCACUCUCUCAUCUGGUGGUCACAGUGUUCAAAUAACAGAACAGAGCCUGUAGUGAGUUUCCAUUGUAAAUCCGUGGUAAUGGUCCCGUGUAGCUCAGUUGGUAGAGCAUGGCGCUUGCAAUGCCAGGGUUGUGGGUUCGAUUCCCACGGGGGGCUAGUAUGAAGAAGAGCUUCUGCUAAAUGACUAAAAUAUAAAAUGUAAUGGGAGCUUAACUCUUGCCUCUGUUUCAACAGGAGUAUGUGUUUGAUGGAGAAGAUGGCCAAACGGAAAUCAUGCCGGUAAGUCAGUCACAUAUAUACAUCAAAUCAAAGUUUAUUGGUCGCGUUCACAGUUUUGCAGAUGUUAUCGCAGGUGCAUUGAAAUGUUUAUGUUUCUAGCUCCAACAAUGUAGCAAUAUCUAGCAAUACAAUAACAAUACACACAUAAUCUAAAGUUUUUUUUUUUUAAGAACAAGAAAUGAAGACAUCAGAAUGAGCAAGAUGUCGUGACUUGACUUAUUCAUUAAUCUGAAGACUGUUUUAUCUAAUUAACUAACUAUGUUUAAUUGGUACCCGAUUAAAUUAAUCAUGUAACAAUUAACUCAUUAGGAUCUGGGGCACCACGAGAGCGGUUCUUUAAAGAGUUACCAUCUCCCGAAUUAAACUCUAAAAGGUCUUUACCUAUCACAUCUAAUUAAUCAUAACCUCGUAUCAUAUCAUCAUUCUGAACAGUUGUAACCUCCUUGCAUCUGCAAAAACCCGAGCCUUACUUAUGAUUCAGUACUACACAAAUUGGUUUAAUUAUUUAUUUACUAUCUAAUUAAAUGGGAACACAGGAUAAACAUACACACUCUGCACCGGUUAUUGACUGGAGAAAACAGGUCCCUAGUGGAAUGACAACAACAUGGCUGCUAGUUGAAGAAGAGAUGGAGAGGGAGGGACAGAGACACUUAACAUUGGUACAUUCAAAAACUACUCUCACCUACAGUAACCAUAUACUUGGCACAUGAACUGCCGCCCGCUUUGAGUAAGAAAUCAUGAAUGUUUUACAUGAAAUGCCUGGGUUCGCCGGGGAUCUCUCGUUGAACAGGGCAGCCUUGGAAAGGGGGUUGGGCUUUUCGCAGCACACUAGUAAGGCUCUGAUUUGUCCGAAAUGGUUCCAACAGUCUUCUACUGUUGUCCUUCUUCUUAGUUGUCUGGUAUCCGGUAACUUGUCAUGUAGUCCUGAACAGAACUACUGCUUCUUUGAAGAUAGGCUAGCCAGCCAUAUCGAUGGUUCCCCAGUGGGGUGAUGAGAGUAGCGUAAUAUGAUGUUUGAGCAGAGUAGCAGAUGGUCCUACUUAAAUUUGCUUUCGAAGAUACCUUACUUAGGACAGCUAAUCAGCCGUACCAGUGAUUGUCCAGGAGGUGAGUUUAUUUUCUUCACUUCGUGUUGAGAUUCAAAGUUCCAACCAUUUUAAACGUGUAGCUGCCGCUUCACGCUUUUCUGUUUUUCUUAACCCAUCAUUUAUACACUUUGGUCGAAAGGGGUGGUUCCGGCAGGCUGACACGCUCACUGACCUCACUCCGGGGCGGUGACUACUCACUGUGUAAAGCUCAUGGAAAACAAUUAUCUCUUAUAGCUUCUCAAAUCACAUCCCUCUCUUAACAAAAAUACUUUAAUCAUUCUUCAUAUUACAUGCACAACGCAUAGUAUGGAAACUUCAUACAUGUAGUGGGUAUACUUUCCAAGUUACAGUAUUUCCUUUAUAAAUGGUUUAAUGACAUCACAAAAUAACAAACAAAAUGACCUUCGUGUCCUAUAGAUUGCCUCUGACCAUUCCCCACGUUCUAUGUUAGAAAUAUUGUUCCAGUAUUCGCUUUUGAACGUGUUAGAGUUUCAGCAGGAAAACGUUUGUUGAAACAAUGAACAUUCCUUUGGUGAAUCUUGAGAGGGAGAGCCUAGAUCGUCUCCCUUGAUUUACAACAGGAUGUGAGUUGUUAAUACCCACUAGUUCUUUCCUUCCCCCUCUACGGGUGAGAGGGGGUCUGAUUGAAGUUAUUCAUUGCAAACCUGAUCUGACCUAUUUGGAUUCUCGUGAUCAGUCAUGACAAAGAAAUGACAUGUACAUGACAGUACCUGAGGUAUAUCAUAGUGUAUCCUCUUAUUAUCCAUGAGCAUGUCAGCUGUAUAUUAACCUAUGGUUCUGGUUGUAGCUGUGGACUCCACCUACCCCACCGCAGGAUGACAACGACAUCUAUAUCGACUCUGUCAUCUGUCUGAUGUACGACUCUGCUCCCAUGCCGGAGUCCAAACUGCCUCCUGUCUACAUCCGCAAGGAGCACAAGAGACUCAAGAUGGACCCCUCAGGUAAGGCUUUGUAUUUCUGUAACAAACAUUACAGUAUGGUACAUUGUGUGUAGUGAUGCACUUGUGAGCUCUGUCCUAUCCCAUGUGCUUGUGCUCCGCAGCAGGCAGGAAGAAAAAAAAGGGUCAUGGGGAGACGGUGAUUCCUCCUCGCUCCCUCUUUGAGAAGGCCAGCAUGCUCAAGGUCCGCCGCGAAGGCAAGGACCAAAAGAAGAACUUCUCCCUGAAGCAGCAGGCGCCCUUCGCCAAGCCUCUGCCCUCGCUGGUCAAACCUGCCAUGGAGGCUGGACAGGACAACCCAGAGUGGCUCAUCAGUGAAGACUGGGCCCUGCUACAGGUACUGGGCAUGCUGCUACUGAAAUAGCUUGUUUUACCCAAUACUGUGGAAAUGUCUGUCUUAAUGUACGUUUGCUAGAUACUCUCAGAUGAGGUGAACUAAAGUAUACUUAGAAGCUAAGCUAUUUGUCAUCUACGUAGUCCUGUAAUUGUGAUGAGAUGUGUUGUAGUUAAGUUAAUAUGAUGUAUUCCAUUAGUGAAGUAAGUGUCCCCUCUCUCUUUGUCCGCGGCAGGCUGUGAAGCAGCUCCUGGAGCUCCCUCUGAACCUAACCAUCGUGUCUCCGGCCCACACCCCCAACUGGGACCUGGUCAGCGACGUGGUCAACUCCUGCAGCCGUGUCUACCGCUCGCCCAAGCAGUGUCGCAACCGCUACGAGAACGUCAUCAUCCCCCGGGAGGAGGGCAAGGUGAGCAGCCGUGACUACUGAAGUCAGGACAUUAUGUUGUUGUUUGAGCAUUCAGAUAAUUAACCCAUACCGUUUUUGUUGCAAAUUUUAGUUGGUGUAUGAGGUUAACCCCAAGAAGAAAACCAAGAGCAUAUACAAGGUACGUAUGCUCUACUCUUGCCUUUUACAGUGGUCAUAUUGUUGGAUUCACAGAGCUCUCUUGAUUGACCAGUUUCCCUCCUCUCUCCUCCACCAGUCUAAGAACAGCCGGCCACUGCGGACCUGUCAGAUCUACACCCAGGAUGACAACGCUACACACAUCCAGCUCUACAACAGCCGCUUUGAGCUCAUGAAGAUCAUCGCCAGCAAGAGGAGUCCCCCCAUCAAACCACUGUAAGCACUCAACAUGACCAUUCCUCUGUAGCAUGAAGUAAUGCAUGUUGUUUUAUCUGCCUCUUGAUAAACAUGCUUAGUGUGCAACUAUCAAUUAACUCUAUGGAAUGUUUGCUUCGUCUUCAUAGUCUGGGGAUGAACCCAUUCCAGAAGAACCCCAAGCAUGCCUCCGUCCUGGCAGAAAGUGGGAUCGGCUACGACAAGCCCCUCCCUCCCAUUCAGGUGGCAUCACAACGUGCUGAGAGGAUUGCAAAGGAGAAGAAGGUGUGUACUGUUACUAUAUGUUCUCUCUGGUUUUGGAUUAAUGGCUAGGUUUGCAGUAUGACAGUGCUCACACUUAUCAUCAACAUGUCUGUCUGUGUGUGUCCUGUCAGGCCCUAGCGGAGCAGCAGAGGGCUCAGCAGCUAGCUCAGCAGGCUGGAGCCACCCAGGCCGUGGCCGGUGCUGCCCAAUCCCAGGCUGGGGCUCCCGCUGCAGGCCAAGCCCAGGCCCCGGGAGUCCCCCAGGCCCCUGCAGUGACUGGAGCUACCGCUGUACCCAACACUGCUGUCCUGGUGAGAAUGGGAAAACAUUACAAUUUUCAAGUUGUUCUUUGUGCUGUCUAUAUAGAAAAAGAGCAUCAUUUUGAAAGAAAAUGUUUUUAUGACAAUGUUACUUGUGUUUUUCAGGCUGGAGCCAUUAAGAAUGCUGCUGUGGGAACGACCAUUCAAGCUGGUGGGUUUUCAUGGCACAGGCAUUGAUCAUUAUAAAACAUUUGGUCUGUAAUGAAAUAGUCACUUCUGAAGUACUUUCCUUUUUAUCCCUUUCAGCCACUGUAGCGGGGAACGUGAUUGUGAACACAGUGCCUGGAGUUCCUCCAAGUCCAUUCCAGGCUAACAAACGGCUGGCAUCACCAGGUCAAGUCAUACCAGGCACCCUGUCUGUAAGUCACUCUAUUUAUUGCCUCUGUUAUUGCUUCACUCAACUCCUGGGGAAUGUUUCCCAGUUUUUGUAUAAUAACACACAAUCACCAUUGUAUGAGAAGUAUUCAGUCUUGCUGACAGAGUGAAUGGUCCUAGUAGGUGUUGAUCUGUCGGUCUAACAUGAGGCCCUGUGCUCUUGUCCCCCCUCCAGCCUGCCGGUGCAGCAGGAGCCCAGGUGGUCCACUCCCAGCAGAGAGUCGUCCCUGCCACUGCCACCCCUGGAGAGGUGAUCGCCAUAGCUACGGGUCAGGGUGUCAGGGCCGUUACCCCGGUGACCGCCUCUGCGGUGGUGUCCACCACUCUGACCCCAGUGCAGUCUCAGACCCGCUCCCUGGUAACUCAGGUCACACCAGGUACUGGACACAUUGUUCACACUGAACACAUACAAAAAGUCAAUCAAUCUAUCAAAUUAAUUUAGAUAGCCCUUUUAACAGCAACUUUACAGUAACCUGUCAAAGUACACAGGGAAAGAACAAAACAACUUAACUAAAGUGCCCUGGCCCCUGGUUUUGUGAUCUGUCUCCUCUCCCUCUGUUUGUCCGCAGCCACAGGCAUGCAGCUGCCCCAGGGGAAGCCCAUCACCCAGGCCCACCUCCACAUGCUCCGCCAGCAGCAGCUCCAGCAGCAACAACAACAGGCUGCCUCUCCACAAGGCAUCAAGGCUGUGGGCAAACCCCAGGUACUGUGCUUUACAGAAAAUCCCUUCACUUGCUGCAUGGCCUCCUGGCAUUAGCUGCUACUGAUGCUCAGUCCCCUUCUCACACCAGUGCAAGCUUAACACUUUACAAGUCUAUGUGAAUGCACAUGAAUUGGAUUCACGUAGGAUUGCAAAAUGCAUCGCAGUCAGCGAACCACACUGCACUGUAUUCCAGAUACUAAAAUAUCAAAGCACUUGAGAUAUAACUUGACUUGAACUCGUUCUCUGGCUGUAGGAGCUGCUGAAGAUGCACAAGCAGAAGAUGCAGAUGGCCCAGCAGCAGCAGCAGGCCUCCCAGGUCCAGCCGGCUAACCCCCAGGCAGCUCAGGCCAACCCCCAGCUGGCCGCUGUAGCUGCUGCUCCCAGAGCCGGGGCAGUGCUGGCUGGUUCAACCGUAGCCAACCUGCAGGUGGCCAGACUGGUGAGGACCAACUUCAUCCCCUGCUCUUGUUUGUAGCCUGGCCUAGGGGAUUAGUACCACUGUUGUGCUGAUCUUUAUUAUUUUCAGACUGGUAAAUGCCACACAAUGUCACUGCUAAGAUGUGUCCAUUUUGAAUAAUGAGCUGAAUUAUUAAUCCAUUGAAACGGUGUUUAUAACAGUGUUUGUCUGUGCCACCCCAGACGCGGGUACCCACCCAGGGUCAGAUCCAGGCCCAGCCAGGGCAGACGGCCCAGGUGACCCUCACCAAGCCCCCCGUAGUCUCUGUGCCCGCUGUGGUCUCCUCCGCUGGCGUCACCACCCUGCCCGUCACUGUGGCUGGUAUCAGUGUGGCCAUUGGACAGGCCCAGAAAACAGGUGGGGAAGUCCUCCGAUUCUCAGCAACUGAUUAGACUGAAGCACUCAGAAUCUGCUCCUCUUAGCACAAUGAUAGCACACACAUACCUCCACACUCCCUCUGUUGGUUGAGGUUGUCCUGUUCCUGAGUCACCAUAUCUCUGACCUGUCUCUCCUUCGCUCCUGUAGCUGGGCCGGUGUUGCAGCCCCCGUUCCCCCAGAUGCAGGUGCAGCAGCUGCUCCAGAUGAAGAAGCAGCAGGCAGCCGUGCAGGCGGCAGCAGCCCAGCAGAAAGCAGUGCAGCCACAGCCAGGACCGGCCACUGUGCAGCAGAAGGUGGGGCUCUAGGGACAAACAGAACCACCGCAGUCUACACAGCCACACACAUAUGUACAAGUGUUCUCUUGUUGUUACCAAAGGGUGUGGGUUGGUCAGAGGUGUAUUUCAAAUCUUAACAGAAAGUGGUGCUCUUGAAACUACAACCCAGUCUAUAAAUAGUUGCCAUGCAUUCUUGUCAGAAGAAUCUUGUUGUGAGCCUAGUUCUUCUCUGUGUCCUCUCCCUCAGUUGGGCACCCAGCAGGUGACCGUGCAGGGUCCCCAGGCCGCCCAGCAGCAGCAGAAGGUCACCUAUGCUGCCACCACCCAGCUCCAACCUGGCAUCAAGACCCAGUUCUUCACUACCUCCAUCGCCCAGGCUGGAAAACCCACUGGGGCCCAGCAAAUCCAGGUAUGCACUCAUCUUUUUACUACUCAGAUACUCCCAACACUCUGGCCUUUAGGGUUUGGGUCAUACAUGUAUAGAGGGCUAUUAUCCAGAGGUGUGAGGAAUGCUAACUGUUUUCCCUUGCAUGUUAGGUGGCUAAGCUCCCCCAGAUAAUGCAGGGGCAAUCCACUGUGGCCAACAUCCAGCAGAUCGUGUCAUCUCCACAGCAGGUAAGAGCACUAUGCCCCACCGAAGGGCAGUAUCAUACAGGAUUCUUAUGAGGCGUAUAGAAUGAAGUAACAGGUUCUGCUUACUGUGCGUCAUGACCUUUCAUGAUUGUUCACGUCUUCAUGGCAUGUGACUCAAAUACAAGUCAGCUUGGUUAAAUUUCACAAUGCUUUUGUGCGUUUUGGCAUUUCGGUCAUUCCCUAUAAACACAUUCACAUAACCUUUUUCAGUGUACCAAUUUAACAUUGAAAUAUAAACUGUUGUGAAAUGUUAUGACUGUGAAUAUAGCUACCAAGAGGGGCAGCAUAGUCUGGUAACGUGUUGUCGUCUGUCUAAUCCAAUGUGACCCUCUUGUCUCAUAUCAGAUCCACCCCCAGACGGUGCCCCUGACCCAGACUGCAUCCUCAGCCCAGCCCCAGGUCCAGAUGAUUCCAUCAGGCACAUCCACAGCCCAGGUGGUUCAGCAGAAGCUCCUCCAGCAGCAGGUGGUGACUGCAGUCGCCUCGCCUCAGAUCCAGACUACCUCUCCUCACAGCCCAGCCCAGCAGGCCCAAGCGCCCGCUGUUGCCGAGUCCCCAGUACAGCAGCAGCCAGCCAAGGCCCAGGCUCGUGGAGGGGCCAUGAGGGGCAAGAACCAGGCCAAGCCCAGCGGGGGCAGCAGCUAGGAGCCCACAGGAAUAGUUAGUGCUCCCCUCUCAGCUAGGCCAAAGAGCCCAUCUCAUCAGUGUAAAUACACUCACAGUGACUCUGAGGAGCAGAGUUAUGAAGAGAUUCUUUCACUUUGGUGGAGCGGUGGAGUCCAGUCUGAGGUGGCUGUGUUGAAUCUAACCUGGUUAAAGGAACUGCUCCAUGUAAAGGAAUGGCAUGUCUUCAAGAGUGUUUCAUCUUCUACAACAGUUCUGUAACUGUCAGCUGUUUCCCUCUCCACUGUUUCAGAAGGUUUCCCCUGGAGGCAACCUCCCCCUGCACCAACAUCUAAUAGAAGAUCAGAAAAGCAUAAAAAGAAUAUUCAUGCAUUUUAUAUGGAUGAAUAUAUUAAUGUUACUACAUAGAUAGCCUGUGGCUGGAGCCAAUGGGCUGGUGCAUCACUCAUUUGGGGAAUGUUCAUUUGAAAAAUGUUUUGUGUAUCCUUACAUUGUCCAUGCCCCCCUUGAUGUCCUUCUCAUGCUUACCUUUUAUGAUGUCUGUAAUUUCCUAGUUGUUUAUAGAUAUAGAAAAUACCCUUCUGGGAAAAAACAAUCUUAUCAUGAUCAAGUAAUGUAUAGUAAUGUGGCUACAUCUCAGUACUACAGGUGCAUUUUGCCUACCAGAAGGAUAAAGGUCAGAGGAUUUCAGUCCUCAUGCUAAUUUUCAUUGUGAAACAUAUACUCACAUAUCAAAGCCCUGAGCCAUUAGUGAUUGCAGAGUUGUACCCUUAGAAACACAUUCACAUAACCUUUUUCAGUGUACCAAUUUAACAUUGAAAGAGGUGUCCUUAAAAGUGAGUUCCUUAUUAUGUUGGAGCUUGCCAUGUCCAAAACUGCCCCAAUAGGGAUUGUAUCACAGUUAUAAACAAUCACUCAAUACACAAAUGAAAUACAAUCUGGAUGUGACUUUUUUUUUUUUUUUUUGUAACCUUCAGAUAUUCUAUGGAAAAUAAUGCACGUUCCUUCAGUCGUUAAUUGUUUUUUAUGUAACAAAUACACUGUAAACAUUAAGUAUCUUGUGUUUUCUCAAAUGUGUCAUUUUGUAUUGAUGUUGAUAAAAAAAACAACUGUAAAUAAGAAUGGAAAAGGGAAAACAUUUGUACUUGUAAAGUAGUUGUUUUCAUUGGAUUUUUUCAGCCUAAUUGUAAUAAAGUGUUUUGUUUUUAUACACUA